AUGGCAUACCUCAAGUGGUUUGGCAAGGAAAACGCCAACGCUACCAUGAGAACAGCAAUCAAAAACAACAACUACGAUUCCGUCGCAGACGUAAAAUCGCCAUGGGAAGACAACCGGAUCCCCGACGCCAAUAUGGCCGCACUUAACCCGACGGGGCUCACAUUCGUGUGCAUUCCUCGCGACUUUUCUCUCUGCGAGCCUGGGGCUGUUGCCAUUGCUUUCCAGAUCGGAGCCAUCUCGGACAACACAGGUCCCCUAAUUACAUUGUGUCCGCGAUUUUUCAAGUCAGUAAAAUGGCAAACCAUGGUGGACGAUUGGCGGACCUCUGGAUGGAAGAAGUCUGGGCAAGUUCUGCUCACGUCAGGAUUUAACUUACUACAUGAGAUACAACACAUUUCUGGCAUCGUCGGAAAUGAGAGAAGAUGUACUGACGUCAAAAACUACGCUCCGGCACCAAAAGAUGUUAGCAAGUUCUGCUAUCACCCUGACUGUUGUGAACGCAUUGAGGAUAGUGACAAGAUACAAAACGCACAGAAUAUGGCGUAUUUUGCAUUAGAUGUUACUGUAAAUCGUUCUUGGGACGUUUCCAAAAGAUAUACCCCUGAAUAA